UGAAUGGUUGGGCUUCCGGGAGGACUUCCGGUGCGUGCGUGUUACUUAUAACUUGACUCAGCGAAGAGUGACGAGAGUGUUGUGUUGUUCCACUUGACAUUACAAUAACCACAAAAUGGAUCCUUUGAGCUACAGGGACUGCCAGGCUUGGAGAGCUGAGGGGCUUCCAUUGUCCACCAGCAGUAAUGAGGCGUGCAAACUUUAUGAUGCUAUUCUAACUCAGUAUGCUACAUGGCGGAAUAUUGACAGUAUUGGAGGAAUUGAGGGAUGCGUGACUGCUAUCAAGGCGGCUGAUCCGGAUUUUGUGAUGGGCCAUGUGGUGAGCACAGGCUUAGAGCUGUUGGGAACAGCAAACUCCCCCCGCCUCGACCAACGUCUGGCCAGCGCUGUGAAGAAAACUGUGGAGCUGUCCAACAAUCAAAACCUCACUUCCAGAGAGAGGCGCCACGUUAAGGCCAUGGAGUUCUUCUCACAUGGGAAUUUCCCCAAAGCCAGUUAUGUUUGGGAAGAUAUCCUGGUUGAUCAUCCCACAGACUUGCUUGCCCUCAAGUUUGCCCACGAUAGCUAUUUCUACAUGGGAGCCCAAACCCAGAUGAGGGAUUCGGUUGCUCGAGUGCUGCCCCAUUGGAAGCCUCAUAUGCCUUUGUCCAGCUAUCUGAAAGGACUGUACUCUUUUGGUCUGCUGGAGACGCGAUGCUAUGACCAGGCCGAGAAAGUAGCUAUGGAGGGCCUCGCACUGGUUCCAGAUGAUGCGUGGUCCGUCCACUCUGUCGCCCAUGUCUAUGAGAUGAAAGCGGAGGUGGACAAAGGGUUGAAGUUUAUGGAAGAGAGGGAGAAAGACUGGAAGGUAUCAGACAUGCUGGCCGGUCACAACUACUGGCACUGGGCACUGAACUUCAUUGAGAAGGGGCAAUAUGAAGCUGCACUGCAAAUAUUUGAUUCUCAGAUUUUCAAUCGUUGUAAAGCGACGGGUUCCAUGUUGGACAUGGUAGAUGCCAGCUCCCUGCUCAGCAGACUGGAGAUGGAAGGUGUAUUUGUGAAGGACCGCUAUCGGGAGCUGCUCCAGGUAACGCUGCCGCACACUGAUGACCACGUGACCCUGUUUAAUGACCUCCACUUCCUCAUGGUAUCCGUGGGAGCGAGAGAGACUGGUGCCUCUCAGCGCCUGCUGGAAGGCCUCCAGGAAUUGGCUAAGACACCAGGUGACAACCAGCAACAUAAGCUGGCUGGAACCAUUGGGGUGCCCAUGUGUCAGGCUUUGAUGGAAUAUGGCGAAGGAAACUAUCCUCAAACUGUGGAGUUACUUUACCCUUUGCGCUACAGUAUGGUACACAUAGGGGGCAGCGAUGCACAGAGAGACGUCUUCAAUCAACUGCUUAUUCAUGCAGCCUUGAAAUCGGAGAAUAAGCACCACCAGAGACUGGGAAGAUGUCUUCUGGUGGAGCGUGAAGCAGCGAGGCCAAACUCCCCUCUGACUGAUCGUCUGAUGCAGAGAGCCAUGGCCCUUCACCACUAGACUGAUUGCAGGGUGCACACGGCCCUAACCUGAUGUUCCCAUGUUUGAUUUCGGGACACGCUCCCACCAACUGUUGAAGGAGAUUACUUUUUUAGGAGUUACAUUUUUCCUGUGUGCUGUGUGCUACGUGUGCUGACAUUGUACGUUAUUGCUGAAAAAAAUCUUGCUACUCAACUA